AUGGUUCUCGAGAGCUCCCAUGUUGACGCCACGUUUUUCUCACGUAUGACAAGCACUGGAAACAAGAUUUUCGUCGUUGGUGGUAAAAUUACAACAAAUGGAUUAGAUGAGUCAUUUGAUGAAAAUUUAGACGAAUAUGCGAUAAUCUCUGCAUUGAGGUCUGCAUUAAAGCCGCAAGCGAAUAACCGCAAUGCGGUUUCAAACCGCUGUUACCGCAUAAAAAAUUCUCAAAAUACCGAUAAAAAAUUCUCAAAACUCGUGGAUUUUGUCUUUGUGUUUUGCCGCGGAUGCGGACAUAAGCCUACUAAGCAAUUAAGCGUUUAA